AGGAAAUACUGCUCCUACUUGUACUUUACAUUUACUAGAUGUUGAAAGGCAGCAAGUGGAUUCUUCAGCUGGCUUCUAUUAGCGUGUUUGUGCAGGUUCUAGCAUGCUCCUCAGGAUGUCAGCUCUACGGCCCUGUAGCUGCUUGUCACGGACAGAACCACCUGUGGGUGCCGGCUCUGCCCCCAAACAUCAGCCACCUCUACUUAGAGCUCAACUACAUCAGCGAGAUUAACAGCACAUCACUGGAAAAUUUGGAGCAGCUGCUGGAACUAGACCUUGGGAAGCAGUUUGUGCCGCUUAUAAUUCGAAACAACUCUUUUUUCAGUCAGACAAAGUUGACACGUUUGGUUCUGGGUAACAAUCUUGGCCUGAAACUGGAGCUCCGAGCUUUUGCAGGGCUGCUCAAUUUGAAACACCUCUUUAUGGACCACUGCCGCUUGACAGACUCCAUAAUGUCGGACAGAUAUUUGGAGCCACUUUUGUCCUUAGAAUUGCUCAAUCUUUUUGGAAACACGAUACGAAGACUAAAACCUGGACUUUUCUUUCUCGGUCUGUCAAAGUUGACACAGGUGGACCUCAUGCUGAAUAAGAUUGAACGACUAUGCGAAGGGGAUCUCGUUGGUUUCAGCGGGAAGUACUUCACACACUUAAACUUAGACUCCAAUCACUUGUACAAAAUGGCCUCUAUCGGUUUCGAUUGGAAAAAAUGCGGAAACCCGUUUCGAGGAAUGGCCUUCAAUGUUCUUGACUUAUCCACCAGCGGGUUCAACGUGAACACAACUGAACUGUUCUUCAAGGCCAUCCAAGGGACCCCUAUUGCUCAUCUCAUAUUCUCCGGAUUCUUGGGCAAAGGGUUCUCACAUGACAACCAACCAGAUCCAGACAGGCACACAUUUGAAGGUCUGGCAAACAGUUCGAUAAGUAUUUUCGAUUUGUCAAACAAUCGAAUAUUUGCCUUACAGAGGGCAGUCUUUAGUCGUCUGACAACUGCAAUAAUAAUUGACGUGUCGCAAAACAAAAUCAAUCAAAUUAACAGCAACGCCUUCAGUGGUCUCCAGGGGAAUGUAAGAAUGGUGAACUUGUCCUUCAACAUUCUUGGAGAGGUAUAUUCUCACACAUUUAGUAGUCUGACAGAACUUCGAGUUCUGGAUUUGUCUUUUAAUAACAUCGGAGUAUUGGGGGAUCAGGUCUUCAAAGGUCUUCCCAAAUUACGAGCGUUAUAUCUGACAGGAAACUCUCUGAGGAACUUGGGUUUUCCCGCAUCUUUACCAAACCUGGAAUUUCUCCUUCUGGGUGACAAUCGCUUGGUAGAUCUUUACAAUAUAGAUAAACUCAGCAUCAACUCAAUCCACCUGGAUGUGACGAAUAACCGAUUAACUACCCUGGAGGAUGUUUAUCGCACAUUAACUACUUUAAAGCAUCUUCGGAAAUUCUUCUUCGGUGGUAACUUCAUCAAGUGGUGUACACUCGGUCCAAAUAUCUCGAUGCCUUUUAAUCAUAGCUUACAAGUACUGGAUCUUCAUGAUAGUUCCUUGCAGGUAGUUUGGGCUCAGGACACAUGCCUUGAUGUGUUUCAUCAUCUAAACAAUCUGGUCGCUCUGAAUUUAAGCUUCAACUCCCUCAUGAGUCUCCCACAAUCCAUUUUCAACGAUCUUAUUUCUAUCAUAGAGAUUGACCUGUCAUCCAAUGCCUUGACUUAUCUCCAGCCCAAUGUUUUUCCCGACAGCCUUAAAAGACUUGACCUCUCCAGGAACUUUUUGGCCUCCCCGGAUCCCGAGACCUUUAAAUCCCUUUUGUUCCUCAGUCUGAUGGAAAACCGGUUUCACUGUGACUGUAAUCUUCAGGGUUUCUUGAAGUGGAUAAACGUGACAAAUGUAACCUUCUUUAGUUCGGUCGAGGAAUACCGAUGCGAGUUUCCAGCUGUUCACUAUGAUCUUCCGCUGCUGAACUACUCCCAGAUUGUCGAGCCAUGUGAGGUUGAUGACGAGCUGGCAGUCCAAGACCUAAAGUUUGCGCUGUUCAUCGUCUCUGUCCUCCUCAUCCUAAUUGUCAUCAACUGUGGGAUCGCAUACGCUCGUCUCCGUGGGCGCAUCUACAUCAUCUACAAAAAGGUUGUCGAUAGGGUUCUUGAAGGUCCUAAAACGUUGCCUGCUUUGGUGGACGUCCAGUUCGAUGCCUACCUCUGCUUCAGCAACACCGACUACAGGUGGGUGGAGGCGGCUUUACUCAAGAAACUGGACAACAAGUUUUCUGAGGAGAACAUCCUGCGCUGUUGUUUUGAGGCCAGAGACUUCCUGCCUGGCGAGGACCAUAUCUCUAACAUCAGAGAUGCCAUCUGGGGCAGUCGCAAGACUGUUUGUGUGGUCUCCAAAGAGUUUCUUAAAGACGGCUGGUGCUUGGAGGCGUACUUUGCUCAGGGUCGCAUGCUGAAUGAGCCAAAUGUUCUCAUCAUGCUGGUGGUUGGAAAGGUGGCGCACUACCAGCUGAUGAAGUACAACGCCGUCAGAGCCUUCGUCCAGAGGAGAGAAUACCUCGUCUGGCCGGAGGACCCUCAGGACCUGGACUGGUUUUAACAGCGCCUCCUUCGCACAUCCUCAAAGAUUCUGCCCUGAACAAGAUGGCUGACGUUCAGCCUCAGAAUGACAUUCAACUAGAGAACAUCUAAGCACGAUAAACAAAGACAAAACACUAAAAG